UCCGCACUUCCGGGCUCACGUGGGCUCUGCACAUCCGGUCUCUGCCGGAAGUUCUCUGAUCAGCCGGGGGUUAGGGUUUAGUACACGGAGCCGACGGAGGACGGGGGGCAGACAUGACGGGCAACAGCGCGAGCGACCCCCGGAGACCGGCCAAGGUGCAGAGGUAUAAGCCUCCUACCUCGGAGAAUUCGCCCACCCUGGAUGACCCCACCCCGGAUUACAUGAACCUCCUGGGAAUGAUCUUCAGCAUGUGCGGUCUGAUGCUCAAGCUGAAGUGGUGCGCCUGGAUCGCCGUCUACUGCUCGUUUAUCAGCUUCGCCAACUCUCGCAGCUCUGAAGACACCAAGCAGAUGAUGAGCAGCUUCAUGUUAUCGAUCUCGGCCGUCGUCAUGUCCUACCUACAGAACCCGCAGCCCAUGUCUCCUCCAUGGUGACCCCGCAGCCCAUGUCUCCUCCGUGGUGACCCCGCAGCCCAUGUCUCCUCCGUGGUGACCCCGCUCUGCACAUAGGAAGGUGUUUGCCGUGUCUCAUUACAAGAAAUAAAGGAUUUUACUUUGU